CCUGAGCGCAACCACCAACCACAACAAUCCCGAAAUACCGCCACCAUGCCUAAAUCUAAGCGCCAGAAGGUCGUACAUCUUACCAAGACGGACAAGAAGGGCAAGGAGCUAUCUUUGAAGCUCUUUGCCAAUGUCCAGGAAGCGGCGGAUAACUUUGAGCACAUCUUUGUCUUCGCUGUAGAGAACAUGCGCAACUCGUACCUGAAGGAAGUCCGUCAGGAGUUCGCCGACAGCCGAUUCUUCUUCGGAAAGACCAAAGUCAUGGCGAAAGCGCUUGGCCAAACCCCAGCAGAAGAGCACCUCUCGAACCUCUCUGAGCUCACCAAGCACCUCAACGGCAAUGUCGGACUCUUUUUUACCAACCGCGAGCCCAGCGAGGUCAUUGAGUACUUUGCCAACUACUCGCAAACCGACUUUGCGCGCGCCGGUGUUGUCGCUACACAGACCUUCACAGUACCCGCUGGUGUAGUCCACUCAAGAGGCGGAGAGAUUCCCGAGGAGGAGGAUGUGCCGCUGCCGCACAGCAUGGAGACUACCAUCAGGAAAUGGGGCAUGCCAACGAGGCUCGACAAGGGCAAAAUUAUCUUGGAUGUGCCGUACACCAUCGCGGAGGAGGGCAAGGUUAUGAACAGCCAUCAGACAGCGCUGCUGAAGAUGUUCGGCGUGGCCAUGGCAGACUUCAAGAUCGAUCUCAAGGCCUACUACACCAAGGCGACUGAGCAGGUGACAGAGGUUGGUGCUAUGGAGGAGUAAGAACAAGCGAGAUCAGCGUAGUUCACUUGCAUUAUGACGGCGUUCCUUAGGCGUUCGGUUUGACCAGGGAAAAGUAUGCUAGAUGACUUUGACGGAAAGCUCGAGUCAACCCACGAGCACAUCACAAUAUACCCUAUUAUGUUGGUCUUGAAACCUCACUGGACCUCUGCGCAACU